AAAAAAAAAAAAAACAGCUACUCCAACCCUAGCCCAUCAUGGCGCAACUACUCCUCGACCUUGUUUAUUCUUUUGGCAAUUGUCUAAAUUGCUUUCCUGGAUCGCCAACCUUAAAGAUUAACAGUCGAUCAUUCAAGAUAUUGCGCUUGUUAGGAGAGGGUGGUUUCAGCUAUGUAUACCUCGUACAAGACACAGCAACAGCAGAGCUGUUCGCUCUUAAGAAGAUCCGAUGUCCUUUUGGCGCCGAAUCGGUUCAACAGGCUAUGCGAGAAGUCGAAGCAUAUAAAACCUUUGCCCAUACACCCAACAUUAUCCACAGCGUUGAUUAUUCUAUUGCAAGCGAACGAAACGAUGCGGACUCGAAGACGGUCUAUGUACUAUUACCAUAUUACCGACGAGGAAAUCUACAAGAUAUUAUCAAUGCGAACCUAGUAAACCACACAAACUUCCCUGAGACAGAACUCAUGCGCCUAUUCCUCGGCGUGUGCCAGGCGCUCCGAUAUAUGCAUGAAUAUCGAGGACCUGCCGGUGGUGAGCGCAUGGAGAUGGGCAAUGCGAAAGCCGGUGAGGAAGAUGUGGGAGGACGAAGCGGAAGAGGAAGACGAAAUAAAGCCGUCGCGGCAGCCGAUGCAGACGACGAGACAGAACAGGCCAGGCCGCUGAUGGUAAAUGAAGAGGUUGUGGCGCCUGGUGAGCGAAGAUCCUACGCACACAGAGAUAUUAAGCCAGGUAACAUUAUGAUCGACGACUCUGGCUCGCAACCAAUCAUCAUGGAUCUAGGCUCUAUCUCCGAAUCGCCGAUACCUAUAACAUCACGUUCCCUCGCCAUCGCUACACAAGAUAUCGCCGCAGAACACAGCACAAUGCCUUACCGAGCGCCCGAGCUCUUCGAUGUGAAGACAGGAACUGUCAUCGAUACUAAGGUCGAUAUCUGGUCACUUGGGUGCACCUUAUACGCUUGUCUAGUCGGCAAGUCUCCUUUCGAAAUGCGCAGUGAUGAGACUGGUGGUAGUCUGAGCAUGUGUGUGCUAGGAGGAGACUGGCGAUUCCCGGAUGAGACCCCCAGGGGUCAGAAGAAAGGAAAGGCACCAGCUGGCUCCAGCGCGGGCCGUGAAGAAGGUGUGAUCAGUGAACCAAUUAAGGAGGUGGUCAGAAAAUGCUUGAAAGUUGAACCGACCGAGCGUCCAGAUAUUAGCGAGUUAAUAAGUAUAGUAGAAGAGGUGAUUGAGGAACUACCAGAGGAUGAUGUAUAAGAAAGGUUGGCAGAUCAGUUUUUCAUGUGUAUAAUUGUAAACUUAUAUCCUCAAGUUCUGUAUUAGACCACUAGGGACAGGCUACGAAAUUCGUUACGACAAUAAUGGAACUGCUCUGGGAGCAGCAAAUAAUUCAUUUGUAUAUCCUAGACUUGAAAAAUCACGAUUGACCUUGACUCUGACAAUUUGUAACAAUAACC